AUGGCCUUCUACCAUCCCUUUCUAUUUCUAUAUCUGAGCCUCCUGUUCACGAGCGUGACGUCAACGUUUACUUCUACCACUAUCAUCCAUAUUGCGUCAUUAAAAAGCCCAGUGGCUACCAUCACACCCUUUAAACCAUCCAUCAAUAUCACCACGACCUCAGCUGCUUCUGCCUCUUCCUAUUGGCUUGAAGAAAUCACUCAUCAGGGACUUGCGCCGUUCAAUCCGAACGUUACCUUAUAUCAGGUCUUCCGUAAUGUCAAAGACUUUGGAGCUAAAGGGGAUGGCAUCACUGAUGAUACUGCUGCUAUCAAUAAGGCCAUCAGUUUUGGUGGAAGAUGCAAGCCCGGCGUUUGUCAAUCUACAACGACAACACCUGCGGUGGUUUACUUUCCCGCUGGAACAUAUCUCAUAUCUUCCUCGAUCAUUGACUACUACAUCACACAGAUUAUAGGCAAUCCAAGUGAUCUCCCCAUUUUGAAGGCUACCGCGAGGUUCAAAGGAUAUGGAUUGAUCGAUGGAGAUACCUAUGGGGCCAACGGACUCGAUUUCGGGCCCACAAAUCUCUUCUAUCGCCAAAUUCGCAAUCUGGUGUUUGAUUUGACAGGAAUCCCAUCCAAUUCUUCAGCCUAUGGGGCUCAUUGGCCUACUGCACAAGCUACUAGUCUGCAGAAUUGCGUGUUUAAAAUGAGUGAUGCAGUUGGAACCCAACAUCAAGGACUAUUCAUCGAAGGAGGCUCGGGCGGCUUCAUGAACGAUUUAAUCUUUAAUGGUGGUAAGACUGGAGCUGUAUUUGGCAAUCAACAAUUCACCGUUCGAAAUUUGACCUUCAACAAUGCUGUGACAGCCAUUGACCAGACUUGGGAUUGGGGCUGGACAUAUCUGGGGAUCAAGAUCAACAAUUGUACCACUGGGCUAAACAUGUCCAGCGGUGGAUCAUCGGGUCAAGCUGUGGCGUCCGUCACAUUGAUUGACAGUAGCUUCACGGAUACGGAUGUCGCCAUUAUCACAGCUUACAAUUCUUCCUCUAAGCCGGAAGCUGCUGGGAGUGUCAUUCUUGACAAUAUAUCUUUGACCAAUGUUCCAGUUGCCAUACAGGAAUCUCAAAAUACUGUUUUAGCUGGAAAGAGUAAUGGAUCGAUGACUAUCAGUGGAUGGGGAGAAGGGAAUGAAUACAUACCAAAUGGCCCCACCCGCUUUGAGGGUUCAAUUGUUACUUUUCCUCGCUCUGAAUCUCUAUCUCCCGGCGGAACUUUCUACGCUCGCUCAAAACCUCAAUACGAAGACUGCCCGCUCUCUGAGUUCGUUUCAGUUCGUACAACCGGUGCUACAGGAGAUGGGGUCAGUGAUGAUACGUUUGCAUUAAAUGCAAUUUUUGCAUUUGCGGCCGUCGCCAACAAGAUUGUCUAUAUCGAUAGUGGAAUAUACAAAGUGACAUCGACCGUCCAUAUUCCAUCGGGUUCGAGAAUUGUCGGUGAAUCAUAUCCAGUCAUCAUGGGAUCAGGACCAUUUUUCACUGACAUUGUUCAUCCUCAACCUGUUAUUCAAGUUGGUAUUCCCCUAGAAACCGGAAUUGUUGAGUGGUCAGAUACGAUUAUUUCGACACAAGGAUAUAUGGGAGGCGCUAUAUUGAUCAAGUGGAAUUUAGCCAGUCCAGCGAAUUCUCCUUCUGGACUCUGGGAUGUUCACACUCGUAUUGGGGGGUUUGCUGGUUCUGAUUUACAGUUGGACCGCUGUCCCACGACUCCUAAUAAUACAGGUAUCAUUCUUGAAUGUAGAGCAGCUUUCAUGUCUAUGCACAUUACUGAACAUGCUUCCGGCCUCUAUCUAGAAAAUAACUGGUUCUGGGUUGCAGAUCAUGAUAUUGAGGAUCCCGACUUAUCCCAAAUCUCAAUCUAUGCCGGUCGUGGACUUUACUGCGAAUCGAAAGUAGGAGUCAUAUGGCUUAUAGGAACGGCAGUCGAGCAUCAUACUUUAUAUCAAUACCAAUUUGAUAAUACGAGAGAUAUCUUCGCGGGUCAAAUCCAGACGGAAACUGCUUAUUACCAACCGAAUCCUAAUGCAUUAUACCCCUUUCCAGCAUUAACCGAAUGGAAUGAUCCGGACUUUACAUCCAUCUGUGGGAAUUCGACGGGAGGAAAUUGUGCCGAAGGAUGGGGUCUUCGAAUAAUAGACAGCGAGUGCGUUUAUGUAUAUGGAGCUGGCAUGUACAGUUUCUUCAGCAAUUACAAUACCUCGUGUUCCGAUCAAGGAAACGGCGAAGCGUGUCAGGCUAGAAUCUUCAGCCUCGAGGGAAAUAAUUCAAAUAUUGGUAUUUAUAAUUUGAAUACGGUGGGGGUCACGAAUAUGAUCACGGUCGACGGGAAGGAUAUUGCAAAGUAUGAGGAUAAUGUAGCGGGUUUUGUGGAUCAUGUUGCGGUAUUUAGGAGUGAGUGA